CAAGUUUAUCUCAGUUAUCAAUGGCACAGUGAGUGCCAUCCAAUCAUUUGCAAGGUUGCCUGCCUUAUCUGUGUAUCAGUUUACAAUAUUAUCUUGAUAUUCCAUUAAAAUGUGGGUAUAGUGAGUGUGUGGAGUGCAAUGGAGUGGCAGUGGCUCAAACACUGGUGGAGACUCAAGCUCUGGAGGAGUAAAAAGAAAAAGGAUCAGAAUGAUGAUGAGUUUUGUUAUUGUGAUGACUGCUUACAUGAUGGCGAGCUGGACAUCUGCGAGCCGCUGGACCCGCACUGCGAUGGCGGCAAGAAGGUGGUGGUGGGCGUCUGCGCCAUGGCCAAGAAGUCGCAGUCCAAGCCCAUGAAGGAGAUCCUCACGAGGCUUGAUGAGUUCGAGUACAUCAAGAUGCUCGUCUUCCCAGAGGAGGUUAUCUUAAAGCAACCGGUGGAAGAGUGGCCGAUCUGCGACUGCCUGAUCUCCUUCCACUCGAAGGGUUUCCCGCUGGACAAGGCCAUCCAGUACGAGAAGCUGCGGAAGCCGUAUGUCAUCAAUAAUCUGCACAUGCAGUACGAUAUACAGGACCGCAGAAAGGUGUAUUCCAUCUUGGAGGGCGAGGGCAUCGAGAUCCCGCGCUACGCCGUGCUGGACCGGGACUCGCCCGACCCUAAACAGCACGAGCUAGUGGAGUCCGAAGACCACGUGGAGGUGAACGGCGUGGUGUUCAACAAGCCGUUCGUGGAGAAGCCGGUGUCGGCCGAGGACCACAACAUCUACAUCUACUACCCCACCUCGGCGGGCGGAGGCAGCCAGAGACUGUUUAGGAAGAUCGGCAGCCGCAGCAGUAUCUACUCGCCGGAGUCCCGGGUCCGGAAGACAGGCUCCUUUAUUUAUGAAGACUUCAUGCCCACUGAUGGCACGGAUGUGAAAGUCUACACAGUAGGGCCCGACUACGCUCACGCGGAGGCUCGUAAAAGCCCGGCUCUGGACGGCAAAGUUGAGCGAGACUCAGAAGGGAAGGAGAUACGGUACCCAGUCAUAUUGAGCAACCAGGAGAAGCUGAUAUCGAGGAAGGUGUGUCUCGCGUUUAAGCAGACGGUUUGCGGGUUUGAUUUGUUGAGAGCGAACGGCAAGUCGUUCGUGUGCGACGUCAACGGCUUUUCCUUCGUGAAAAACUCAAACAAAUACUACGAUGACUGCGCAAAAAUCCUCGGCAACAUGAUCCUCAGAGAACUGGCCCCAACGCUGCACAUCCCGUGGUCGGUGCCGUUUCAGUUAGAUGACCCGCCGAUAGUGCCCACGACGUUUGGGAAAAUGAUGGAGUUGCGGUGCGUGGUGGCGGUGAUUAGACACGGGGACCGCACGCCCAAGCAGAAGAUGAAGGUGGAAGUGCGGCAUCCUAGAUUCUUCGAGAUCUUCGAAAAAUACGACGGCUUCAAACGCGGCCACGUAAAACUGAAGAAGCCGAAGCAACUGCAGGAGAUCUUGGACAUCGCUCGAGCGCUGUUAGCCGACAUACACACGCACCACGCCGACCCCGAGAUCGAGGAGAAGCAGGGCAAGCUCGAGCAGCUCAAGAGUGUUCUAGAGAUGUACGGCCACUUCUCUGGCAUCAACCGCAAGGUGCAGAUGAAGUACCAGCCGCGCGGGCGCCCGCGGGGCUCCUCCUCCGACGACGGUAACCCCCCGCCCGCCAAUGACGGCACAGGGGAACCCUCCCUGGUGCUGAUACUGAAGUGGGGCGGGGAGCUGACGCCGGCGGGGCGCGUGCAGGCCGAGGAGCUGGGCCGCAUGUUCCGCUGCAUGUACCCCGGCGGGCAGGGCCGCCACAUACCAGGUGAAGGCGGCACUCAAGGCUUAGGCCUCCUCCGCCUACACUCAACCUUCCGCCACGACCUCAAGAUCUACGCGUCGGACGAGGGCCGCGUGCAGAUGACCGCCGCCGCCUUCGCCAAGGGACUCCUGGCGCUGGAAGGAGAAUUGACGCCUAUACUGGUGCAGAUGGUCAAGUCCGCUAAUACGAAUGGGUUGCUGGAUAAUGACUGUGAUUCGUCUAAGGUGCAGAAUAUGGCAAAAUCCCGUCUCCACGAAGCGAUGCAAGUAGACCGAGAGCUAACAGAAGAGGACAAAGCCCGCAUCAACCCGUGCGGUGCCUCGAGCGUGGCCCGCGCGCUGCAGCUAGUCAAGAGCCCGGCGCAGUGCUGCGCGCACCUGCACACGCUCGUGCAGAGAUUAGUGAACGUGGUCACGCAUAAGAAGGACGAGCCGAAGACUAAGGACACGAUCCUCUAUCACGGCGAGACGUGGGAACUCAUGGGGCGGCGCUGGGGCAAGAUAGAGAAGGACUUCUGCACAAAGAACAAGACGUACGACAUUUCAAAGAUCCCAGAUAUAUACGACUGCAUCAAGUACGACUUGCAACACAAUCAACACACGCUGCAGUUUGACAUGGCGGAGGAGCUGUAUAUUUAUGCUAAAUAUCUCGCUGAUAUUGUUAUACCGCAGGAAUACGGAUUGACGAUGCAAGAGAAACUGACAAUAGGGCAAGGAAUAUGCACUCCACUGCUGAAGAAAAUAAGGGCCGAUCUUCAAAGAAACAUCGAAGAAUCUGGCGAAGAGACUGUCAAUAGAUUAAAUCCGAGGUACAGCCACGGCGUGUCGUCGCCGGGCCGGCACGUGCGCACGCGCUUGUACUUCACCAGCGAGAGCCACGUGCACUCGUUGUUGACUGUACUGCGGUUUGGGGGGCUGCUUGAUGUGAUGAAAGACGAGCAGUGGCGGCGCGCGAUGGAAUAUGUCUCGAUGGUGUCGGAGCUCAACUACAUGUCGCAGAUCGUCGUCAUGCUGUACGAGGACCCCACCAAGGACCCCUGUUCUGAGGAGAGGUUCCACGUGGAGCUGCACUUCAGUCCAGGCGUGAACUGCUGCGUGCAGAAGAACCUGCCGCCCGGGCCCGGCUUCCGCCCGCACAGCCGCAACCAUUCCACCACUAACAACUCCAGUUCCCCAGAGGAAGUAAAAUGUAUAGAAGAAGAAGGGGAGGAAGAUCAAAUGGCGAGCCAAGAAACUUUGCAACCUGACCAUUUAGAUGAGAUGGAUCAAUCGUUCUCACCGAAUAAGGUAUCCAAGUCAAAGCUUAGACCUUCGGAUCCCAUACCAAUCUGUAACCUGCACUACACAGUGAGCGGGCACGAGGCGUCUACUCUAGCGGCGAGGCUGAACGAGGAGCUCCGCGCGAGGUCCCAUACUGUCUAUUUCCAGAGCGAAGAGAAAGAGACGAAAGACAGCGAAGAACACUCCACGUCCACGCCGCGAGCGCGCAGCUACGACCAGCACAAGCAGACCAGCGACAACGGGAGGCGGCAGCGGCACAGCCUGGCCGGCCAGAUGACCUACCUGAAGAUGCUGGGGCUGGGGCGAGGCAAGCUGCCGGGAGGGCUGUUCUCCACGGCCGUCAUCAGCGGGUCCAGUUCUGCGCCUAAUCUUCGGGUGAUGAUCCCGAGUGCGACGGCUUCUACUACGGCCCUGGAAGGCUUCGGCGGCGUCCCGGCGAUCCGCCCGCUCGAGACUCUUCACAACGCGCUGUCGCUGAGGCAACUGGACGCGUUCCUCGAGCGGGUCACCGCGGCGCCCGUGCUGGUGCCGCAGGCUGCUGGCAAUAGUGUAGGCUGGAGCGGCCCCUCUUCGCUCAUGUCGUCGUCGGGCGAGGUGGCGAGCGCGCUGUCAUCCGCCGGGCCCUCCUCGCCCAACUCCAACUACGCCUCCACGUCCGACGCCAAGACCAUCAGUGACAGUAGCAAUUGGAGUAGAAGCAAGCUCCCCCAGUGGGACGGCGAGCCCGCGCUCGGGCUGGGCGCCGGCCUGCAGCCCUACGUGCCGCACGCCAACCGACCAGGUUCAUCUAUUAGUGGUGACGUCACUCCGGUGUCGCUGGCCUCCGAGCUGGACUUCAACAGCAACGAGGCCACCGCCGGCUCCAUCACUGACCACGACCUUAUGAGUGCGACGGAAGGUGAAGAGGACGAGGAGACGCUGUCAGCGGACCCGUGCGGCUCCCCGCGCGCCGACGCCGGCGCCUCCACCUCCGCCGCGCUCGACUACUACGGACUCAACCUGCACAAGGACCUCCCAUCCAGCAGCAAGAACUUCAACCAGGACGAACACAGAAACAAAUGCACCAAAAGCGAAGCCACACAACACAUAGACGCCCUCACACAGAGCAAAAGCAAAAACAAAAGAAACGAGGUUCUUAACGGCAGCAGAAGAUCGAGCGACAGCAGCGCUCAGAAGAAUAACUUGACCCCGCACGGCGUCACCGGCAGUCGGUUUACCACCACGCUGGUCGCCGAAGGGUCCCCCGCCCCCGCCACAUCCCCAGAACGUAAGUCUCACGAUAACACACCUAACUUAUCCCCCGAUGAAACUGUCCAGCCAGUUGUCACUAAAGCUAAAAACCCUAGUGUAAAACCAGGUUUUAACAUAAGCGACUAACUUGUUAUUGUUGAUAGAAGCACUGUUGGUUGCGUCCGGUAUCUCACAGGUAUAAUAUACACAAUAUAAAUAGACUAGACUUAUUAGUUGCUUUUAGUAUCAUCAUAUAAGUACUAUUAAGUACACACUAGGAGUUAUAAAAUUGGCACAAAGCGAAUUUGUAUUGUAAAAAAUAUACAUUAUCUAGACUGAAUUUCAGACAAGUGGAUUAAUAAAUAGUAGUGCCGCAUUCAAGUUAGUGACUUUCAGUCACAUCAGUUUUUGUACCAUUUAAUUUUUAUCAUAACUGACAAAAUAUCAUCAUUUUGUGGAAGAUUAUAAUAAUCAAAAUAGGGUUCCUAUUUAAGCAUAGAGCAUUUCAGACACAUAAUUUUAUAAUCAUUUGUGAUAAAAAUAUAUUCUUCUAUUUAUGUAAUUUAAAAUAAGUUUGAUAACAU